AUGGAAAAGAAUGACGAUUCUCCGAAAGACGUUAAGCGAGCUACAUCGGUGGAGCGUGAAAUAAAGAGAGGACAGAAGGAUGACACGUUCGAAGGAUAUCCGCGACUAGUGGAGAAAAAGAAAAGAUGGGAACACUGCAAAGAACCAGUUUCGAAGAAAUCUAAGGCGAAUUGAAUAUUUUCAAUCUCAAACGGAGAUUGCUGUGAAAGGAGAGGAGGUGGAAGAAAGAAAAAGUCUGAAAAGUUUGCAAUGGUCCCGGUGGCUGGGAAAACGUGCACAUUUCCAAAAUUGGACAUCAUACCUAGGCAUUGUUUAACGAAAGAGGCUUACAUCGACAUGUUGGCAACACCGAGCCGCAAAUGCCCACCGGACUGUGAGAAAAAGACGGUACUGAGGAAGUUGAAAGCUAUCUCGCCACGAAUUAAAGAACUGGCUCAACCAACGAGACAUCGAAUGUUGAUAACGUUGCAAGAAGGCGCGUCGAUAUUACCACCAGCUCUUCUGGACAAUCUCGUUCGGACAGUCGAGGACGAGACUUGCUUAACACCCGAACAAGCUGCAACGAUCUCGCGCAAGAGGAAGUCCCGGGGAAAGAAAAAAGAAGGGAGAAGGGAGAAGUGGGACUAUAAAGAGGCGAGAAAGGGGAGAAGAUCGAGUACCGGGGUUGCGAGCUCUUUCACGGGCUCUUUCGACAGAGAUGCAGUUUCUUGUCAGUACCUGAUGGCCGAGCGGUUCGUCCGAAGUAUCCUUCAAUGGAAAUGUUCCCUUGGAAAGUCGGAGUUGAACGAUGUCGCACAAGUGAUAGUUAAACGUUUAGCGGACGUACUCGAGUACAGUCCUUUGGGAACCGAAGACCGUAAAUCGCAACAGAUCCGUUAUUUGGCCGAUCUGAUAUCUUGCUGGGUGACUCAAGUGCUGUCCGAGGUUGGCCAAUCUCAGGAGGAAAAGCUGAUGGAACGAUGUAGAAAGAAGGAGGAGGAGAUGAGAGCGGAUCUGGAAGCGGCAGAGGAGGAAGAGGAGGAAGAGGAGGAAGAGGAGGACGAGGACAAAGAUGGAAGAAAAUACGAGGAAUUGGGAACGAUGGAAGGGGAAGAGGAAGAGGAGGAGAAGGAGGAGGGGCUUGAAUCGGACGAGGUAGAGGUAGAGGUAGAGGUAGAAGAGGACGUGGAGGAAAUAGAAGUAACGGUCGAGAUGGAAACGGAGACUCAAGCGGAACCGGAAAUACAAGUAGAAACCGAGAUACAAACGGAAGAGAAAGAGCAAGUUGAAGCAGAAGUAGAAGCUACUGUGGAAGUUAGGGAAACAGAAGUAGAAGCAACGGGUGCACCACCGGCUGACAUAGUGGAAGAUAUAGAGGAAAAAUCGCAAGUUGACUUGCUUUCUGCCUCAGAAGUAGCGGCAUUAGCAGAAGGAGAAAAAGAAGCAGAAGUGGAAGCGUUAGCAGAAAUGGAGACGGAUGAGUUAGAAAUGGAAGUAGGAGCAGGGGAAGAAGUUGAAGAAGUGGUGGAGGUACCGAAAGAAGAAGAAGAAGGAGAGGAAGUAGGAGCAGGAGAAGAAGUUGAAGAAGUGGUGGAGGUACCGAAAGAAAAAGUUCCAAGCAGAGUAGAAGCUAGACCUCCGAAAGAAAGCGAGAUUCUGAAGGGUCUGGAGGAGUUACUUAAAUCCGACCUUCCUUUCCUCACGUUCGACAAAAUUAUCGACACUAUUUACAAGAUGAUCGAAAGUUCGCCGGAAAAUACAGGCGAAGAUCCUAUAACGAACGGAAUACAUCGGGCAAUUUACGAUAAGUUGACCAAUAUCGUGAUGCUGGAAGAUCCGGAUCUCUUAACAGACGAACUGAAGACCGUUGUGAACGUAGUGUGCGGAAAGAUGGCGAAUUGGUUAAGAUCGAUUCUGAGUAAAUCGCAGCUGGCGUUCAUGGAACAGUACAUGCCGGAGGUAGAGUCGAAAGAAAUUCGAGACUGGACCAGAUGGCUGGAGUACAUUAGCGACGUCGCCAAGGAUUGGAACGUAUGGUUGCGGACCGUGAUCGAACAGAUAUUCCAAAUGGAAAGUGAGAAGCGGAUGGUCACUCGCGGAGAAUGGCAGGAUUGGACGAAAUCCGUGGACACGAACGCUCUGCUCUGGAGACGUUUUCACCUCCAAACUAUGCAUCAAGCGGAUCGUAAUGCUACCAUGCUAAUUGGCCGACGUGUGGUUAAAACGGGAACCAAGGGGAGCACGAUUAACCCCGAUCAGUCGGAGAAGUUGAUCAAAACUGACGAUUUACGUACUUGA